AUGCCGUAUUCGCACUCAAUUAAUUUGCUGGCAUCUCAAAUCCCUGAAUACGGUGGCCAAGAAAAUGAGAACGUCGAGCUCUGGAUUCGACGAAUAGAACAGGUAGCACGAGUGCAUCGAGUUCCCGAUGAUGUAAUCUUGCUAGCGGCAUCUUCAAGGUUAGUGAAAUUAGCCAAGCGGUGGUAUGACCUAGGCUUUGGACCUAUGAUCGAGUCGUGGAACGGCUUUAAGGAAGCAGUCACUAGACGCUUCCAAAGGAAGAUUCUUUACCACGUAGCUUUACAGAAAGUGGAAGCACGUCGGUGGAAUGCUGUGAAAGAGUCUUUCAUGGAAUAUGCCAUGGAGAAGUUAACCCUCAUGCAUAAUUUAAACUUAGCAGAAGAUAGCGCAAUACAUCUUCUCAUAAGCGGCAUUGGAAAUAGAGCGCUUAGAGAGAUCGCUAUUUCUUUGAAUCACGAAACGGUUGAUUCGUUUCUGGAAGCCAUGCGACGGGUAGCCUCCGUGUCAAUGGAAGCCGAUAAGAGACUCCCCGGUGGUUGGAAGGGAGCCAAGGCGAAAGAAGCAACGACGGAGAAGGCGAACCAGUCGUCCAAGACGCCGGACAAGGACGAGAUUACCUGCCAUUACUGCAAGAAGACAGGACACGUCAGAGCGAAUUGCUACAAGCUGCAGCGGAAGGAGCAAGCGCAGUCGUCAUCAGUCAAGGCAUCAUCUACAGGGAAUCUGCCGUCAACGACCCCCGUAGCAGCCGUAGAGGUAACGGAGGAAGACACCACGAUUGCCCUUGUACAACCUGAAACCGGUAGGAACAUUCAAAUCGAAAGUUUGUCAGUAGAGGUUAACGCCAUAAACAAUAGCAAAUGUCAUUUGAAGGCAUUGAUAGACACGGGUAGCCCGGUCUCCUUUGUGAAAUCAUUUGUAUACGAUAGUUUUUUCGCGCCAGACGAAAGGUCACUUGAGAAACCGCGUUGUACUUACCGAGCGUUAAAUAAUGUCCCGGUAGAAAUCCGAGGAACGUUGAAAACGGAUAUCUGUCUCGAGCAAUUACCGUCACAAGUAUUCGAAAUAAAUUUACAUGUUUUACGAGAGGAUACUCUCGUCACUGAUUUUAUUAUUGGACGCGAUUUUCUAAACGCGCACAAGAUUACCGCGACGUAUAGCCCGCCAGAAAACGAUCAAAGCGCGCGAGAAUUUCCGGUGGCGUUGCUAAGGUUAUUAGCGGUAGUAGAGGAGGACACUCCCGAGGGAGCCCCUCUCGACAUUGAAACAGAUUUCGGCAUAGAAACCACCAAUAAGGUGCAAGAAUUGUUAGUGGAGGUCGAGAAAACCCCCGUAAAUGUAAUCGACGAUAAUUACUCUGUAAAAGUGUGUCUCAAGGACCACACACAUUUUACGUAUGCACCGCGACGUUUUGCAUAUAGCGAAAGACUAGAAAUAAGGAAAAUAAUUCAGGAUCUUCUGGACCGCGGUAUAAUUCGGAAAAGUACGUCUCCGUACUGUGCACGCGUAGUACCUGUACGGAAGAAGGACGGUCGGAUGCGUCUAUGCGUGGACCUACGACCCCUUAACGAAAGAGUAUUGAAACAGCAUUUUCCUUUUCCUGUGAUUGAGGAUUGCAUUGCGCUGUUAGGAGAUAAAAAG